AUGGACAGUUACCAACUCGACGGCAAACUCCAGGCAUCCAGUGAUUGUGCGCCCUAUCAGUACAAAGAGAUUUACGGACAACUCGUGCCUAUAGUUCCCUGCGGUAUAGUUGGUAACACUUUCUUCAACGACUCGUUCAGAAUAUGGCGACACGACCUCAUCAGUGAUUUGGCACAAGAAGUGCCGCUACUGUUCACUGGAAUUAGUUGGCCCUCUGAUCAGAAUAUGUUUCACAAUCCAAUCGGUGUGCCAUUAGAGGUGGUGUACUCCAACUUUACAAAUCCUCCCAAUUGGAGACACCGACACAUCUGGCAAUUAGAUCCCAAAAACCCCAAUAAUAACGGCUUAAGAAACGAGGCGCUGAUU